GUGAGAAAGAGUCAAGGAGCUCCAUUAGAGGGAAAUAAGGUAGUACGAUUGGGGGGAAGGUGCUUAGAGGAGCAAAGGGGCAACUCCAAAUUUUCGAAGCCCCCAAACUCCGUGCCAAGUCUCUCCUGUGCUCUCUCUUCAGUAGCCAUUUUGCAACCGGCAAACGCGGUAAGGUCGCGACUUUAUUCGAGUUAAGUUCAGCGCGACUUGAUUCCGAACUUAAAUUCACAGUCGUCGAUUUGAACUUAAAUUCGUCAAAUAUCACGUGAUCCACAAGCUUGUUCAAAUCAGCAUAAUAGCAUCAAUACUGUGAAUAUGACCAGGUUCUAUAGGUGACAAUCAAAGGAAACAGUCUGAGAAUCCAAUACUCGUAAAACUCUUCAACUAUACAGUGACAUGUGAUAAUAAUCAACUAUAAACGGUCGUCAACUAUACAGUGAGAGUGUACAAUAAAGUGACCAGUUUCAAAUAUCAUAUCAUCAUCAUUCCUGAUGAGGCAGAUUCAUUUGACAGUGCUAUCAAGUGCCAAAAAAGUUUGAAAUAAUAUCCAAAAAAAAACAAUCAUUGUCGAAUUUUCAAUUUCUGAAGAAAUUCAGAAUCCACUAAUCUUUACUCUAGCUACCAAUGAAUUAGGCUUUCUAGGAGUUGUAGUAAUUUCCAAUAGAAUUGAUGUUUUUCUCGAUCAGUUAGAUCUAUUUGUUCUCCUAAUCAGCUGAUCUGAUAUUAGUUAUCUCAAUGAUUGUUAAAUUUCUCCGAUAAGGCAAAUUUAUUCCAUCAGUUCAUCUGAUAUGGGUUAUUUCAUCGAUCAUUGUAUGAAUACUUUGUGAUCUAGAAUGAGACUUCCAAUCCAUCAAAAAGUUCCCAGCUUCUUCUGAGUGACUUUGAAUACCAGAUAAAUCACAAGCUGUUAGACAUUGAAUGUGAUGACGUAAGCAACCGAUAAAAACGCGUCGUUUGGCGCGCUUGCCACAAAACAAUGAACGUGGGCGAAGUUAUAGAGGUGAAACCUACCUUCAAGUGAUUCUAUUAAAAUAAAACUGAACACAAUUUGUGUAAGUUAGCUCUUCAAGAUGCCGUUCUACCCAGAAAUUGGAUGAAGAAUUUCUUUAUCUGGUGGAUUUAGGACUUUAAAAUCCUCUCUACCUCAAACACAGAACAGACUAGUUCAAAUUAAAAUAGGACAAUAAUUAAUUGUGAAAGUGAGUUCUUCAAAAUGCCUUUCUACCCAGAAAUUGGAUGAAGAAUUUCUCUAUCUGGCGGAGUUGGGACUUUAAAAUCCUCUCUACCACUCUACCUCAAACACACAACAGACUAGUUUCAACUGAAAUAAAACAAUAAUCAAUUGUGAAAGUGAGUUCUUCGAAAUGCCGUUCUACCCAGAACUGAAAUGAGAAAAUCCUACAUCUGGCGGAGUUAGGACCUUCAAAUCCUCUCCACCUCUCUACUUCAAACACAGAACAGACUAGUUUCAAUUGAAAUAAGACCAUUAUUAUUUGUGAAUGUUAGUUCUUCAAGAUGUGGAUCUACCCAGACUAGUUUCCAUUGAGGAAAAACAAUUGAGUGACUGAAAUAAUUAUUAUUUUGUUUUAGUCAAAUUAGAAACCAGAACAGACUAUUUUCAAUCAAAAUAAAACAAUAAGUAUUUGUGAAAGUUAGUUCUUCAAGAUGUGGAUCUACCCAGACUAGUUUCCAUUAAGAAACAAACAAUUGAGUGACUGAAAUAAUAAUUAUUUUGUGUUGGUCAAAUUCGAACCCAGAACAGUCUAGUUCAGAUCAAAAUAGAACAAUAAUUAUAUGUGAAAGUGAGUUCUUCAAUAUGUGGAUAUACCCAGACUAGUUUUCAUUGGGAGAAAAAACAAUUGAGUGAACAUUGAAAUAAUUAUUACUUCGUGUUAGUUCCCUCUCAAGAUGCCGCUCUACCCCGACUACCUCUACGGUGGAGGAGGAGGUAGCUCCAGCUUCUCCUCUUCACCCUACUACUCCUCCUCCUCAUCAUCUUCUUCUCCCCCCUCUUCGCCAUACGGGAGGGUGGGAACCCAUUGGCCAAUAAUUGGCUACUCGCCAUUGACGGCCCUCCUGUCAGCCAAUAUCAGUAGUUUGAACACAACACCGCGACGGGCAUACACACCGUAUCUAACAUCGAUAUCUGAGAAAUCGAUAUCUCCCUCGUUGGGGAGACAUCUUUUCGCUAACCGUCACUCACCUAAAAGUAAGUUGUUGUACUACCAGUCUCGUCCAGUUACUAUCAACACUGAAAACAUCAACCUCUCCAAGGAUCACAUCAAGGAGAAGAAGGAUAGUGUGUCCAUGUCAGGACCCAUUCAACGGGGUAAGACUGUGGUACGUAUGCAUACAAAGAAACUCAAGGAAAACCCUGGUUUGAAGAAGGGUGUGAAGAAAACCCCAGGUGCCAUGUUGAUGGAGAAGUUUCUGAUCAAGGAACCGACCAAGGAGGUAGAGUACAACUGGAGGGAAGAGUACAACAAUAAAAGGAACAUGGAGAGGAAGGUUUCCCCUGACACCACAGAGGUGGAAGUUCUAGAGAAAACUGUGACCAAAGAUGAAGAACCUAUGGUUGUUGAUGAUCAACCAAAAACUGGUCAACCAAAGGUUAGUGAAAUAAAGGUUGAUCAACCAAAGAUUAAUCAACCAAAAGUUGGUGAAACGAAAGUUAAUCAACCAAAAAUCAGUGAAACGAAAGUGAAUCAACAACCAAAAGUUGAUAAGUCGAGUGGAAGUGCGUCUUCAAUCGUUGAAAAGUUAGCCAAGGAUCAAGUAGUUUUGAAACCUCUUUCAAAGUCCCCGUUUUCAAAAGACAGCCAACAGAAAGUUCCUGAAAGUACAAGUAAUGUUUCGAAGUUUCCUUUCAGUCAACAACAGAAGGUACCCGUGGCUACAAAAGAUGAUAAGUUGAAAGGUGUUCCUUCCAGUGAUAACACUUUGAACAAGGACCAAAGUGGGUUGAAACCUGUAUCAAAGUUCCCUUUCUCGAAAGAAACUAAACAGCAGAAACUUUCUGAGAGUAGUAGAAGUGUCGUACAAGAUAGUACUAAAAAUGUUGUGGAAAAUAGUACCAAAAAUGUUGCACAGAAAAGUUCCAACAGUGUUGCAGGGGAAAGUACGGGACAUGUUGCUCAACAAGAUACCAAAAAUGUUGCACAGCAAACUACAAACGCAAUUGCCCAAAACAGUAUCAACGAUUUAGCACAACAAACUUCCAAAAACGUUACCACAAAAGACGAGUUGGAUAAUAACUUCAAAUCAACAGAACAGAGUGAGAGGAAAGAUAGUGCAGUGGUUAGAAAAAGUGAGACAUCUGUAAAGAAGACUGAAACUCUACAAAAUUCACCAGUGAUUGACGAAAAAUCUGUGAUAGCUAAUGAAGAUGAAGAAAGCAGCAAAUUUGGAGAAGUCUCUCCACCAGUGACGUUCAGGACAGAGUUUGUACUUUGGGGUUCUCCUAACAAAGAUGAUCAAAGUGAGGAUAAUAGAACAACAGGGAGCAAGAGAGAAGACACAAAAGGAUUAGUUCAUAGAAGUUCAAUAGACUGUUUGAAAUCUAGUGCAAGUGAGAGAGUUGGAUCAGUUGAUAUGGGACAAUCUGUAGUAGAUACUAAAACUAAGGUGGCUCCAGAAGAAGAAAAACAAAGCAUUUAUGAACAAAAGUCAAACAUUCAGAAACCAAAAGUUUCAAGUCCAACAAGUGCCAGUUCCCCAGUUAGUUUAGAUAGUAAAAGUGAUGUUCCCUGGACUCAACCUUCAACUAUAGAUAAAACUAAGAUUUCGAAUAAAUCUGAUCCCAAAAGUGUCAAAUCAGAGGAUAAACAGUCGACUGCUACAACUCAAGAUAAAAGAAAACAGUCGAUUUUCGGUGAUACUUUGGUGAAAAAUGACAACAUCAAAAUAGCUGGUAUACAGGUAAAGACUAACAAUAAUGUUACAUCAAAAGUGGAUGGACUUAAAACAGGUUCGAAAACUUCAGCUGAGGCAAGGACUGGUGAGAAAAAGGGAGGAGACAAAAAUGAGGGGAAGAAAAUGUUUGAAAAGACUGUUCCUCAGUUCCUAAAUAGAAACAAGAUUGAGGAAAAGAAGGUUGAUGAGGUGAAUAAAAUACAGAAGGAUGAUAGAGUUGAGUCCAGUUUGUUGGGGAAGAAUGUAUUAGGAUCUAAAUCAUCCCAGUUAUUGAACAAAGAGAGAGAUAUACAAGGAGAAGAGAAGGUAGAUGAGAGAGUAAACUCAUUGAAAACUAAACCUGAUUCCACAAAUACACUGCCAACUGAUAAGGAUCUAAAUUCAUUCUUGAACAAGGAUAAAUCUCUUCCAAAAACAAAUCAAAAUCUUCAAAUAAACGGACCAAAGAAGUCAACAACGUUGGAAGAGGUUGACGCUAAGAAAACUGUGAAUGAUAAGGUGGGAAUGAACUCAAAAGAGACCUCAGUUCUGAAAUUGGAAGACAACAAAUCAACGAACAAACUAGAGGAAUCAAGUUCGGUAGAUUCAAGUUCCUCUUCUGUAGAAUCAACAAGUAAGACUAUUAUUGAAAAGAAAAUCGAUGGAAAAUUGUCCAAAGAUGUUUCAAUCUCCUCAAGUACUACUGUUGUUGAAAAGAAAAUCGAUGGAAAAUUGUCCAAAGAUAUCUCAAUUGUAGAGGAGAAAAACGCAGAAUCUGUUCUUGAUAAAGUCUCGCUGGGGAAAAACAUUGACAUCAAUGGAAAAUCACUACAGGAAAACAAAUCUUCACAAUUUGACAUCAAGAAAACUAGUCUCGAAAAUAGUGAUAAGGAGAAAGUCGAAACUAAUCUAAAUCUUGUGAAUGGAGGAAAAGCUUCAACGUCUUCAGAUGGAAAUCCAGUCAACGCUGGAAAAGAAAAGCACGAUUAUCCUAAAGAGGAGAGUUCAGUGAAAAGUGUUACAAAUAUAGGGAAACAAAAGAUAACCAGCCCCAAAUCUAGUAAUGUUCUAGUUGACAAAGUAGUGGGGAAAGAUAGUCCAAAGAAAGUAGUAGGUAAAUCAAAGGAUAGUACUACAAAGAAGGGGAGUCCACUAGGGAAUAAGAAAGGAAGUGGGGAGAGAGAGAAAGGAAGUAAGGAAGCAAAGGAAGGAAUUGGGGAGACAAAUAGAGAGAAUUUGAUAAAAAAGAAUAAUGUUUCAACGUCAGAGAAUAGUUUAGUAACUGAAAAACUAGCAAAUAAAGGAGUAGAAAAAGUUGAGGAACUAAAAGAUAAGACUGUGAUAAGUGGUUUUGAUGAAACUAGUAGUGAUUCAGCUAAGAAAAAGACAGAAAUAGUGAAAUUAAGUGGUGUGAGUGAAAAAACUGAUGUUAAAAAUGAUAGGAAACUAGUUGAGAAGAGGGUAGAUGUAACGAAAACUAGUAUUGAAGUGAGAAAAAAAGAUGGGAAAAGUUGUGAAAAACUUGAAAAAGAGACGAAUAUCAGUAAAACAAAUGAGGAGAAGAUGGUGGAAGAAGGACGGAUGACCGUGCGAAGAAGAAUGACAAAACAUAAAACAAACUUGUCUGAGACUAGGAUGUCGUUGAUGAAAUUUGAGGAGAAGAAGAGGAAAGAAUUGGAGGUGAAAGGAGAGGAGAAGAAGAUGUCGAAAGAUAACGGAGUGAGACAGAAAGUGGGAGAUAAGAAACUAGAUAAUUCAUCUGAUGUGGAGGUGGAAGUUGUCCCAGUGAAGAACACAAAGGAAACGGAAGAAGAAGAUGUGAAGAAGGAAGAAAGUGAAGAAGAAGAUGGAGACACAGAGACUGAAGAAGGAUCGAGUGAAGAAGAGGAUGAUGAUGAAUCCACAGAAGUAGAAUCGUCCAGCGAGUAUGAAUCUGAUGGAUCAGCAGAAUCACGCGACCGUAGCUCAGGAUCCCCUCUACGUCAGUUGAGCGACUCGUCUCUGGGCUUAGGUGGGCUGAACGAUGUGGUCACCAGUACAGAGGUGUCCCGGUGUCGCGUUACCCCACCCGCUACCACCCUACCCCGCUUCCGGAAGUACUCCAUACAGGACUUCCAGUUCCUUAAGGUCCUUGGCAAGGGGAGUUUCGGGAAGGUGUUAUUAGCAGAGCUAAUAGGCACCGAAUGCUAUUACGCGGUGAAAAUGCUGAAAAAAGAUGUGGUUCUGGAAGAUGAUGACGUGGAAUGUACCCUCAUAGAACGGAAGGUUCUAGCUUUGGGCACCAACCAUCCCUAUCUUUGCCAUCUCUUCUGUACUUUCCAGACUGAGUCCCACCUGUUCUUCGUGAUGGAGUACCUGAACGGUGGGGAUCUGAUGUUCCACAUCCAGCAGUCGGGUCGCUUCGACGAGGGCAGAGCUCGCUUCUAUGCCUCAGAAAUCGUUUCCGGGUUGAUGUUCCUACACAAGAAAGGCAUUGUCUACAGAGACUUGAAACUGGACAAUAUCCUGUUGGAUUUUGACGGUCACGUGCGCAUAGCUGACUUCGGUAUGUGCAAACUGCAGAUCUACCUUGACAGAACGGCCGACACAUUCUGUGGCACACCUGACUAUAUGGCACCUGAGAUAAUCAAAGGCCUGGCCUACAACCAGUGCGUGGACUGGUGGUCGUUCGGCAUCCUCCUCUACGAGAUGCUGGUUGGCCAGUCUCCUUUCUCAGGAUGUGACGAGGAUGACCUCUUCUGGUCCAUCUGCAACGAACAGCCUCACUAUCCACGGUUCCUGUCCAAGGAGUCCAAGUUGAUCCUAAGCCAGUUGCUGGAAAAGGACUCAAGCCGACGCCUGGGUUCCUCAGAGCUGAGUGGUCGUGAGGUGACGUCACACGUUUUCUUCCGUGACUGGGAUUGGCCCCGGCUGGAGAGACGGCAGCUGGAUCCACCCUUCAAACCCAGAGUACGUCAUCCCUUAGACGUGCAAUACUUCGAUAAGGCGUUCACCAAUGAGCGACCGCGUUUGACGCCGAUUGACAAGUCAAUCCUACAAUCCAUGGACCAGACUCAAUUCCAGGGAUUCAGCUACACCAAUCCGAACGUGACCAAGUGACUCUGUUGUGCCUUCUGCUGGAACAAACUUAGUUGAAGGUUUUUCAGUGGGAACAUACGUUGUUCCGAAAUACUACAAAAUUGGUGAUCAAUAAGUGACUUUAUUGUGCCUUACUUAGAGGUUAAAGUAGGAACAGACUUUGUUCCAAAAUACAACAAAACUGGUCAGUUGAAUCCCACUUUGACAAAGUGAUUUUGUAGUGGUUUUAGCAUUCUAAUGCUGGAGUUGAAGAUGAUAUACCGUGAAGCUGGAACAGACUUUGUUCCAAAAUAAUACGGUAGAGAAUUAGUCGCUUUUGAAUCUCUCAAUGUGACCAAGUGAAAUAUUCGUUGUACUCUAUUCUGGGAAAAUCGUAUAAUUGUUGAUGGUUCGAUUAUUAGAACAAACUUUGUUCUGAGAAACUCCAAAGUUGGAGACUUGGAGAAAUUAUAAAUCUUAAUAAUAUUAUCAAACCAAGAUACUCUGUUAUACUUUGUUGAUGGAACAAAAGCUGAGUUGAUAGUUGAUCAAUAUUAUUAGAACAAAAAUCGUAUAAUUGUUGAUGGUUCGAUUAUUAGAACAAACUUUGUUCUGAGAAACUCCAAAGUUGGAGACUUGGAGAAAUUAUAAAUCUUAAUAAUAUUAUCAAACCAAGAUACUCUGUUAUACUUUGUUGAUGGAACAAAAGCUGAGUUGAUAGUUGAUCAAUAUUAUUAGAACAAGCUUUGUUCCGAAAUUCUUCAAAUUUGGUCAC